GGUAUUUUGACAGAUCAUGCGUUUGACGUUUAAACUGUCAAAGUAGAAACUUGUUUGCAUUUUUGUGUAUAUCAUUCGUGUCGCGCAUCCAUUGAACAGAAGAAUUGUAAAAUAAUUCCAAAAAAAAGUAUGUAAAAAGUUGAACGACGAAUUUUCAUCGAGAAAAAUUGAUUUCAAAGACACAGUCAAUGAAAAGGCGCGAAAAGUUGUACAACCUCAAAACAUUGCAAAUGGAUAAGAAGUUGGUGUUUGUUUAGUCCACAGUUUGUGUUUUUUUCUGUCGCAAAUUACCAUGUCAAAACAAGCAUCACUCUUCACAUUUAUGGCACGCAAUGGAAAAGACACGACCAAAACAAUGAAUCCAACAGAUGUGUCGGUGCCCGUGAAAACAAGCAAAUUCAAGUUCAACAAACCAACGUCACGACUACAAUUGCAAACAAACUUAGACGAGAAUCGCACACUGAACACGGUCGAAAACACAACGAAUGGCCUGGGUACUGUUAAGAAAGCGAAUGACUGCGUUAUAAUUAGCGAUGAAGACAGUCCGGUGAAGAGUGUCGCGACGGCGAAAAAAGUCACAUCGGCAAGUGUUAUGGAUGAAGAUGAUUUUUUUGUGGAUUUUAAGUCGAAUGACGUGACAUUCAUGAGAGCAUCAACAUUGGCCAAAAAUGAAGUAGCAACGAUGGAGGAUUUGUACGCGAAAUACGGAACACCGAAAGCAAAUGAGAAAACUAAAUUCGAUACGGUGGAUAUUGACAAAGAAUUGAAUUCAAAUGCAUCGUACGUGAAUGCCAUGAAGAAAUUGGACGAAAAUAUGGAGCGUUUGAAAACAUCGCCCAAGAAAACUGCCACAACAAGCAAAUUCAAGUUCAAUUCACGCUCAAAACCGGCCAAUACCACCAAUCAGAAUACAACACAGAUCUCAAACCCAUCGAAUGCAUCGAGUUUUAGUAUAAGCGGUUUUGAAUUUUCAAGCACGAGUUCUGCGAGCAAUAAAACAGCAACAGUUACUUCAGACGCAUAUUCGAGUUCGAUUUCAAACUCAUUCCAGACCAGUUCAAUCUCGAAUUUAGCCUCAAACUCGACAGCAAGCCCAAUCAACAAAUUUUCACCGGUAAAUACAUCACAAAAUGGUGCAACACCGACCAACACAACAUCUAAAAGCAGUUCAUCGUCCAUGAGUUCAAACCGGCCAGAGCCAGCUCCACCGAUUAGCCCAGCCGACCACUCAUUCAAAUCGAAUGAUUCGCCGAAAGAUGUGACUUCACCGGUUAAUGGAAAAAACUCAUUCGCUGAUGUCGAAGCAUUCGUAAAGAAGGUGAACGCGGGUUCGACGAUUUCAUCACAAGUUCGAAGCAGUUUGCCGCAGCUUAGGAAACAUUCAACGCAAAUCAAGGAAUGGUACACAGAAUCUCUGGAGAAAUGUUGUGAGCUGUUUGAUGUUUUGCCUCGAUCCACAUUGGAAACGGUGUUUGGUAGCAACGCUGAGAUUUUCCUCAAGCUGAAGGUAUUGAAACAAAGCCUGAAAGCGAAAACCAAAGUGGUUCAACGGUCGAUUGAAAAAUUGGAGGUGGAACAAGUACAGGAUCUGACUCAAUAUGAUGAGCCAGUGCCGGCGCCGGUGCCAACGUCAUCGUCGGAAUACAGUGAUCCGCCAUCUUCGUUUGACUACAGCGCCCGCUCAUCUAUCUUUGAACCGAUGAGACCAUCUAAUUUCGAAACGAGUGCACAGCCCAGUGCAAUAAAUGAUGGCUUUGGUGCUGAUAUGUUUGGCGCAGAUGAUUUUGAUAAAUUCGAUUUGAUGGUUUCGCGAAAUGAUUUGGGUACUAGUUCGAUCGAUUUGACUAGUGUCAAUGGCAUUGAACAUGGAUUUUCAUCGCAAACACCAACAACGACGUCCCAGCAAACCACAUCGCAGCAAAGCCAAAAGUCGAACAACAGUCACUUGGGCAAUUUUUACAGUGGAACAAAAAACGAUGGCAUCACAGGUGAAUUCGAUGGGUAUGGAUAUCCGCACUCGGAAUUGAUGCAAACCUCGCUACGAUAUACAUUCGGUUUGAAAUCAUUUCGACCGAAUCAAUUGCAAGCGAUAAACGCCACAAUGCUCGGUCAUGAUUGCUUUGUGCUGAUGCCAACGGGAGGUGGCAAGUCUCUGUGUUAUCAGCUGCCAGCUACUCUGACCGAAUCGGUUACAAUCAUUAUCAGCCCGUUGAAGUCUCUGAUUUUGGAUCAGGUCAACAAACUGCAAGCGCUCGAUAUCCCCGCUCGAAACCUCUCCGGUGAACAAACACUGCAAGAAGUGAACACAAUCUACAGAGAGCUCGAAGCAAAUCCGCCGAAUCUGAAAGUUUUGUACGUUACACCGGAAAAGAUCAGCGCUUCGAAUCGACUUCAAAGCCUGUUCAAAACUUUGUUUGACAAAAACCGCAUCGCUCGAUUUGUCAUUGACGAAGCGCAUUGUGUUAGUCAUUGGGGCCACGAUUUCCGACCAGACUACACAAAACUUGGUGUACUACGAAGGAACUACCCGAAUGUACCAGUGAUGGCAUUAACAGCGACAGCCACACCACGCGUUCGAGCUGAUAUCGUGCAACAAUUGGAUCUGAAGAAUUGCAAGUGGUUUUUGAGCAGUUUCAAUCGACCAAACCUUCAAUACAUGGUGAAGCCGAAAAGUGGAGCGAAAACAACCGAAGAAAUCAAGGAGCUCAUCAAGACAAAGUUCCCAAGAGCGUCUGGAAUUAUUUACUGUCUUUCACGCAAGGAAUGCGAUCAAAUGGCUGAAAGUCUUAAAUCGGUUGGAAUCAAAGCGGCCAGCUAUCACGCUGGUUUGGCCGAUAAAAAACGAGAAGAAGUGCAAAAAGACUGGAUCACAGACAAAUUCAAAGUGGUUUGUGCCACAAUUGCAUUUGGAAUGGGCAUUGACAAACCAGACGUACGGUAUGUGCUUCACUAUUCGCUACCGAAAUCGAUUGAAGGCUACUACCAAGAAUCGGGUCGCGCCGGGCGUGACGGUUUGAAGUCAAUUUGUAUAUUGUACUACAACUACGCCGAUAUGGUACGAUUGAUUAAACUGAUGGAUUUGGACACGUCAAUUAGCUUAGAAGUAAAACGUGUGCAUACUAACAAUUUGCGCAAAAUUGUUAACUAUUGCGAAAACGUAAUUGAUUGUCGACGAUCAAUUCAGCUAAACUAUUUUGCGGAGAAUUUCACUCGAGAGCAAUGUUUGGCUGAACGAGACACAGCCUGUGAUAAUUGCCUGAACAAUGAUGGAGAGGCCAAGUUCACGGUCAAAGAUGUAACCGACGAGUGCAAAAAGGUGUUGAAAGCAGUACGUGAUCUGUGCAAUGGAAGCACGCAGCGCGUAACAUUGCUUCAAUUGGUUGAAGUUUUGUUGGGAAAAACGGUGAAAAACGUCGUUGCAAACGGUUACCAUGAGUCGGAAUACCACGGUCUAUUAAAAUCAUGGACAAAUUCGGACGUUCAACGCAUACUUCACAUGCUUGUGCUCGACGAAUACUUGCGAGAGACAUUGAUUUUCGUGCGAGAAAUCCCAUUGGCUUAUUUGAAAAUCGGCACGCAAGCUGACAAGCUGAUGUCGGGAAAAACGCGCAUUCAAUUCGCCAUUGAGAACGUAAAAGCAAAGAAGGGUAAAAAGGCCGAUGUUAAUAUCAAAGAUAACGGGCCGCGUUCGGCAACGAACGAAGCACUCAAGAAAAUCGAAGAGGAUUGUUACAUGGAUCUGCUACAGAAGUGUCGCGAUAUGGCACUAGCUAGAAAUGUUACUGUGGGCAGUGUUAUGAAUAAUCAAGCACUGAAACUGAUGGCCGAACAAAUGCCAACGAGCGAAGAUGAAAUGAUGAAAUUGCCACACGUUACGAAGGCCAAUUACGAGAAGUAUGGCAAAGAAUUGCUGGAAAUUUUGCAGUAUCAUGCUGGUGAAAAAGCACUCGUCGAAUUGGACAUCGAUGCAGCGAUUGAAGAACAAAUUGACGACGAAUCAGAAUCAGACGAUGACAACACAAACUGGUCAUCAUUGGCAGCGGCAGGGAGCAGUACCACAGGUGGUGGUGGUGGAAGGAAACGUAAGCGUGGAUUUGGUAGCUUCCGGCGAAAGAAGGGUGCCGCUAAGAGUGCAGGCACGCCAAAAAGACGACGCACUGCGGCUAAAACAACGGCCAAGAAAACAACAAAAGCCACACCCGUCGUUAAACGUGGUGGCAAUGGUUUUACUCUACUCAAACCCCGUGUAUUCAACCCUUAGUCGCUGUAAAUAGCUCAUAAGAAUCUGAAUUACUCAUUAUUGUUAUUGAGAAACAUUUCUGUUAAGCUAUUUCCGUCAACGUUUAUAUGAUUUUUGUCACGAUAUUAAACGAAAUUGAAUAUUUUUGAAAUGAAUUGAAAUAUCGGAGAUUUUAUUCGUUGUUUUGAGAACAGAAAAAUUGAAUAUGUAACUCAGGGAAACUCUUCUAAUUCAAAGCAAUCAUUCAAUAAAUUGUAAUGUCAGCAAAUAGAAAA